GUUUACAAUCAUAUCCACCAGGAUAAAGAUUUCACAACAGUAUUAGCUUUGAAUUUGCUGUGACAAUCCGUCCACCGUUUUCUUUGUUUCGUGAUCAUCCGUUUCCAGCACACUUAAUUUUGAUUACCGAGUUCGGUAAUUUUUUGACGAGAUUAAAACUGCUGAGCACCGAACUCGUUCAGCAAAAAUGCAUUGUUUACCUUUUCCAUACGAUUUUGACAGUUGUUUUACUGAGCCUCAGUAAAAUCGAUUACCGAAACUACCGAGAUCGUACUGCUGUUAUAAUCUCGUCAAAAAAGUACCGAACAGACAAUUCAGAAAUAAGUGUGAGCGGUCCCGUGUUUCGUUUGUAAUUUUUCCGUCCGUUUAAAAAUCACAAAUGCCUCGAAAGUGUGUUGUACCCGGCUGUAUACAUACGUUUUUUAAGAUUCCCUACAGUAAAAAAAAAUUCACCGAUGCUUUCUAGGCGAAGAUUCCUGAAAUGGAUUGGCAUAUUGGGAUUCAGAUCCCAUUAUGCUUCCACAAACAAAUUUGUUUGUAAUUUGCAUUUUGUAACUGGAAAAUCUGCAAAGGAUACAGAUACAUCUGAUAUCGAUUGGGCCCCCACAUUAAAUGUGCCCAACCCGGAUAAAUCUUAUAUUGUUCUUGAAGCCCAAUUGAAACAACAUGGAAGCGGAAGUCUUGAAAAACUUGUAUUCAAUAUUUAUUUUAAUUAGCUCGGAUCAAAAUCCAUCGCAAUCGUUGUGAAAAUCAUAUAUUUCAGACCCUGAUUAUUUCGGCCAACAACUAGUACUACAUAGUUAUACUCAUGGAUUUUUAUUCUUUUAAAGGUUCUGACAACAGUGUUUUCAAGUUCAGGAGCUCCAUAGAAAACCCCGGUGGACAUGACGCUUCUACUUUGGACAGCUUCGACAAUUUUGUUACACGAUUUCUGGGAAAUGAGUCAGCGACAGGUGUGAACCUGUGAAGUACGCUGAUGGAGUGUGCAGAUUCUUCGCAGACAACCUCUUUUGAAAAAGAUAGUGUAGUUCCAGAUACAGUUCCCGACACGUCGCGUCCUCAUGUAUCGAAAUUCCAAAUCAUCCGUAAUGGAGGAACGCCAACGAAACCGAUCCAAUCGAACACGUCGAGCUAUUCGUACCUCCAGCAACAAUCACAUCGUUAUCGAGGUGUCCGAAGAUGGCCACGUCCAGGUCAUUCAGUCUCUUCGAUCCCUCUCAAGUUCAGAGCAAACGUCACUGUUUACAAGGAACUAUAUUCCCGCUCCUCCGCUACAUCCAACGGUUUUUGACGGAACAUACCGGCUAGAAGAUGACGAGGACACCAACUCGGAGUGGACCGUUUCGUCGGAAAGUAUCCCAUCGGAAGAGAGCGACUCGGAGAUGGCCCUGGAGGAAGUCGUAAGUACGGCGGUAUCUUCGGUUCCGGUUAUUGAACCUGGAGCCAGUGGCGAGGGUAUGGAAGUGCGGAAGAAAUCCAUAUCGGUGGUGGGUAACGUCCGUGGACAAGCCGUCGGGACUAUGAUUGAUCCGGACAGUACGGUGCUGAUGCAGCUGUCCAGGGGAAGUCUGGGUGGUUACAAUGAGAUUCUAGAAUACAUGGGGGAGGUAAACGAAAUGUUGAACGAUCAGACCAGCACGGUGAUUUUGAAGUACCCGGGAUUGGAAGAUUCACAGAGAUCUAGGGCUGGUCAGCUGGGCCACGUGGAAACUGCCAAGAAUAUGAUGGAGUUGACGGAGGAUGUUCUUCGACGUGUUCAAGGAUCGUCUCGGGAGUCCAUUUUGAUCAAGCUGCAGAACACAUUGGGAGAGAUGCUGUAUCAACCGGAAGAUACGAUCGCAAUUCAUACGUUUUCCAGGGAAGACACGGGCUGCCCUAAGUCGGAAGCACUUGUAGCGUACUUUAGGAAAGACAACGACGCAGCACUAUUUGUACAAGUUCCCGAGUCGAGCAAUGGAGCUUCUAAAAGCCUCUCCGGAUGUGAGGAUGACGAGCGGGUAGGUGUUGAACGGUUGAAGAGCUUGCUCCAAGAAUCGUUGCACAGUCAGGAGCGGAUCCUGGGACAAACGUUGGGAACUGAACCGGAAAUAACCAUCAGCAGAUCAGGGAAUAAUGUCAUUGGGGUUCUGAGUUUCCCAAAUUCAUCAUCUGCCGUGGUGAAGACUAACGUGGACAACUUCUCUGUUGAACAAGAUCGGUCGGAAAUGGUUCGAUCUAUGAAAGAUCUUCUCCAAAAUUUGGUUCAACAAUCGUCCGGAAAGCUGUUGGUUCAAAUGCAUGCGGACAGCGAUCGUGAGACUAUAGUGGAUCAAAUCAAAAGCGAGUUGGAUCAGUCCAUCAGAAGCGGCACAGCAGAAAGUGGUGAGUCAGCCAUCAGCGUGAAGGAAAGCGACGACAAAGUCAUUGGAGUUCUCAACUAUUCGGGGGGUUCGAUCGUUAUUCAAACUUCAAGCAAAAACUGGAUUCACGCUCAAUCUUGUAGCGACCCGAAAGAUCUGCUGGCAAGCAUUCGACUUUUGAUCGAAUUGUUCAUUAUGAGCAGUGAGCUGACCGACGUUGAUUUGCAAUCCCUAGCUUCGAUCAUCGUCCAAGCCUUCCACUGCCCUAGAGUUGAACUGUCCGACGAAUAUUGCGAAAAGUACGUUCUGGAAAAGAUGAAAUUUGUCGUUCAUCGGCUUAUGAAUCCCGAAGCAAACGAAGAUCCUCUGUUGAUAAUUAAUCAACUUCGAAGUGCCCUAGAGGACAUCGCAGAUCCUGAGCUUGCAACUUGUCACUCCAAAGAACCGUAUUCUACCGAUGUCUUGAUAAACUACCUGGACGAGUUGAUCUGUGAGGAAAACUCCCAGUACACGGACGAUCAAAUUCUACGAACCUUACGAGGAGCACUUCUUGAUAUACUCAUCCACUAUGACACCUCACUGUCCGGCGCUCUCGAAGAACUCCUAGGAGUGCUGAAGAACGUCUCCGCAGAAAAUAUCGAACUUCAUGCACCACCCAGUGUCACCAGUUCUCCGGGUGUGACAGCCAUAACCAAUGACCCUUUCCUUCUCGAACGUUUCUCCUCGGACCACCCGUCUCGCGAAAUGGUUCAACGAAUCCACAACCUUCUAGGAGACGAAGAACCUUCCGAGGGCCGUGAAGUGUCCUACCUCACGACGUUCCAUACCCUGUUCCUAACACUUCUCCGAAUCAUCGGCGGAUGGAGCUUCCGGGUGAAAUCCUUUCUUGGCAAGGAACCUGCACCGGCUAUUUCAGCGGAACCCGAGUCGGAAUCAACCCUCGAACCCGAACCGGGGAUAUCCGUCCAGCGGAAACCCUCCGUAUCGUUCCAUCUGCUAAAACAACCCGACGAAGCGGACGAGCGGACACCUUCAGACAUAUCCCAGCAACUGGAGGACGAACGGCAGAAGUUGAACAGUGCGAUCGACGAUUUGCGACAGUUCCUGGAAGAGUCGUUGAACGUUCCGGAGUCGUGGGACCAGCAGCGGAAGGGCUCGCUCAUGCAGUUCUCCAGCGGACGAGCGGCCGUGAAGCAACGGAUGCUUCAUCUGUUUUCCAAACUGCUGGACGAAGCCGGGAAGCUGAAGGUGACGGACAAGUCGCGAGACUCGAUCCAUCUACGCCUGGACUCGGCAUCUGGCGAACUGGAACGAAAGGAGGGAGCUCAGUACGUGGUGCUCAGUGGGAACGUUCGCGAUCGCCAGCACAAUCUAGGCUUGUUUUUCGAGGCUAGGAUGAUGGAUUUGGAGGGAGUUUCCAAGGUGGAAUCGGAGGUGGAAUGUGUGACGGAAGUUCGGCGACUGUCGGACGAGUCCGAGCAGCUGGUUACGAGCGAGAUAGUGCCGGAGGUUGUGAACUCUUGUGUGGCCGAUUUUGGAAGUGAGCGGGAGGGAGAAGUUGAGCGGGCAGGUGAUCAAGAGGAGUUCCGACUGCAGGAGACAUUGAGUAGGUACUUCGAGUUGAUUCAAAGCUACAUUCAAGAGACGAUGGAUCCGAUGCGGGAGACGCUGGGUGUCAUUUUGGAGAAAAUCGCUGUGGCAGGGACGGAAAAGAUUCGGGAGAUACGAUCAAGUUUCAUUCAAACCAGUGGGAAUAUGGAGGAGAAUUAUGUUGUUGAGCUGCAGGAUAGUCAGGAGGCUACAGCUGAGGAACAAACGGAAGAAGUAUUACAACAUGCGAAGUCUAUUCAAUGCGUAGGUUCCGUGGCCAAACGAAGCGUUCAACAGCUCGAGAGAUUAAGUGACCAUCCCUCCCGUCUGGACAACAUUGAGAGCACACUACGAGAACUUAAACAGCAAAUGACCGAGCUGUGCGACCUACUUCGUAACCCCGUUCCUCAACCGGUCCCAAUGGGACCCCAAUAUCUGGAUCCAAUACCUUCACCACCAACAUCUCCCCUACCCAGCGUCCAAUCGAGUUCGAGUGAUUCGUCAACUUCCUUCGUGAGUGUCGCCCCCACGGCACCUCCUUUGGAAGAGAUCGAUGGACGUCUGUCUGUGUUGGUGGAAAUAGUUUCGCUUGAAGAGAAGCACCGACUGUCGCAAGCGUCGUCCGGGAAAAGUGUUGUCCAGGAUCAUCAAUUUGUAUCGGCGGUCGAAUGUCCCACGGGCGUUGAGUCACGACGGGAAUCCGAUGGAACAACUGAUGCCCAGGAUCGUUUCGCUUCAGCUGUUGAAUGUCCUGAACGAUUGUUCGAAGAAAAAACGGCACGAUCAUCAGAACUGGUACCUGCGCAGGACUUGUGUGUGGUGGUUUUAGAGGAAGAGCAAACGCGGGAGAAUGUGCCUGAGCAACCUCGGUCAAGUGAAGUGCGAUUUGAAGAAUUACCGCGUCGAUCAACAGCUAGUCAAACAGUAGAGUAUCGCGGCACGCAAACGGAUCCUGAAAUCUUACCCGAGACUGUUGAAACGGCAGUGCAAGCAGUUGAAUCGAAGGAAACUGAUGUUCCAGUUGUCCAGGUGCACGAAGAAACCUCAGAGCAACGGGAGUCUAUCUUCUCUCAAAUACAAAAGAGGUUGUCUAGCUUGGUAACAACGACUGAUGCUGAGCCGAUUGCUGAGGACAGUCAAAAGCGUCGGUCAACUCGGGUUUCAAUCGUGGAACCUGUCACCGUGGAGAGCUCUGAAGAUGAUCAAACAAUGGGGUCUUUGGAGCUGGACGAUGCAACAAGAAGCUACACAGUUGUUUCAACAACUGAUACUCCUGAAUCUACCAUACCCAGCAUGGAGUUGGAACGACCUUCCAUUGAAUCGAACGGAAGCGAUGUUGAACAGGUUGUUCAACCGCAAGAAUAUCAACGGCGAUCAACGUCGGCUUCAAUCGUCGACCCAGUGAUUUCACUAUCGGAUUCCGGUGAACAACCUGAACAAGGUUCAAAGCAGCCGCUUAAGAGACGAUCAACAUCCGUUGUGAGCAAAGAUUCACAACAGCUGUCUGAAGAACAGUUCAGGAGGUCGAAGGUGCCACAUCGUCAGGAGGAAACUUUGCAAGUGAAUGAAAUUCCUGUUCGUGACAAUCGUAAUCCCAUGCUUUGCGACGUAGUUCUAAGUUACCAAUGCAGACAUGCAGACGAAUUAGGACGCAGAUAUGUCAGUCCAGUCGAGAUCAUCUCGUGUCACCCGGUUGGUGCAAAUCAGCUGAUGGUUCAUUGGGAGGUUGCACCACAGUUUGUUGAUCAGAUCAGUGGUUUUGAGAUCUAUGUUGACGGAGAAGCGAACAUGUUCUACUAUUCUAACCGCAGGAGGACUAGCUUGUUGGAGGACAUCGAUACGCAGAGGCAGCAUAGAAUCGUCAUCUACUGCAAUCCGAAGAGUUGGAUCGGUAAAGCAGCACAGUGGGCCCCGGCAGUAUUUUUUUAUCAUCUGUAAUGAAAGUCUUCUCGGAAAUAUAUUGUUCAACACA